AACGAGGGCAUUUGUAGUAGUUCCCCUACAUCUUCAAACUAACAGGCAUCAUAAUUUCCAGGUUUUAUUAACUAGCUAGCUGCUUAAUUCACUCGAUCAGCAUGGUUCUUCCAUAUCCAACUCAAACAACUGCCAGUUCUCCUUCUUCUAUUACUACUACUAGUUCUCAAUCUCACCUUUAUCCUCAGGCACUCCAACUCAAACUUUACCAGGCCUUUAUAUUUUCAAUUCCUAUUCUUUUCUCCAUCAUUCUCUUUCUCUUGUUCUACUUGUUCUACCUCAAACGGAGGGCUUCCACUCUUUCAUCUUCUCCUCCAAUUCUCAUUCAAAGAAGAAGCCAUAAUCAAGCUUCAGGACCUUCAACAUAUGUUUCCUCAGCUCCUUGUCCGAUGGAUUUGAAGGGAGAGCUCAAAGAGAAGCUGCAGAUCAUUCUAUUUGAUGAAGAAUUGAGGAAAAAGGAUUCCCAAUGUUGUGUUUGCUUGGGGGAAUUCGAAAUGGAAGAGGAGUUACUGCAGGUUCAAUCGUGCAAGCAUGUCUUCCAUGUCCAUUGCAUACAUCACUGGCUGCACAACAACACAACCUGCCCCCUUUGCAGAUGCUUGGUGAUUCCGAUUAGUACGACCAAAAUCGACAGUAAUAAUCCCGCACCAGUAACUGUUAGUUCCACCACAUCAACAGAGCCAGCUGCACAACAACUCCAGCAGCACCAUAGCAUUAUAGUCUCCCACCACAGUUCCAGGAUAGUUUCAUUGGAGCUACGACAAAACCAGCAGCAACAGAUGGACAAUAACGUCGCUCCAAAUGUGACAGCAGCGGCUGGAGAAGAGUCAUCAUCAACUGCUGGCACUGGUAGUUCAACUUUAAGGGAGUCCGGGUGUUCCAGUAGUACUACUAGUAAUCGAGAUUCGGGAGACUCGGUUACUAUUCAUAUCCCAGAAGUUUAAGCCAUGUGUGCUUUCCUUCUUCACCCAGGAAUAACAUAAGUUUCUCAAGCAGCUAUAUACUUUCGCACUGAGAGGUCCAAUUUUGGCGGCAGCUAGUUAGACGAGUGAGAUAUAUAGAGGCCGGCUAUAAAUAUUGUCAAGAAUCUCGAGAGAGGUCUCUACAAUCUAGAGUACGUAAUUUGAAGUGGACUAGCUAGAUAUAGAAGAGCGAAUGAUUAACUGGGUG